GUAGGGUAGUGUAUGUGCUAACUAUAAACUUUAUUAAAAGGGACGAAGGACUAAAAUCCUUGAAGAAUUUGAGACGGAAGUCAAGCAAUAGGUAGGAUUGCCAAUUCGAGUGACGUCACUCAAAUGGAGCCUGCUUUUCUAAAAUUACAAGAGCGAUCAAGAAAAAUCUAAUACGGACGUUUACGGUCCAUUUUCCAUCAAUUUUACAAAACGAAAGUGCCUGGAGAAGUGUGUGUGUGCUAUAAAUCUAGUUCCACCGAACUCAGAAGAUAGAGUAAAUAUUUUUUUAAAUAUAGUUACAGUUGCGAAGAUUCCUUCAUUUAUUGUUCAAAUGAAAAUGCAAGGACAGCGCCCACCAAGAAUCAAAUAGAAAAAUGCCUGUCGUUUCUCAAUCCCGUUUCACCCCCACAUCCUCCCCCAUUACGGGGUGCCGAUCUUCUCUCACGUCCUCUUUAGACAAUCCCUACGUCCGCAGUACUGGAACAUAUUUCACGUCAACUCUACGCCGCAGUUUUGGAGAUCGAACUACCGAAAUUAGAUCUAAAUAUUCAGACAUCGACGGCAAGAGGGAAAGAAAAUCCUCGUUAGUGGAGUAUUCGAGGACAUCCAGAGCACCAAGUGUGACAGACUCGGAUAGUGGGCUUUCGAAAUAUAGGAAUGAAAGGAGUGAAUCUAGAUCCAGAGAUGUGUCGACUACCAGGAGCGAAAGUAGCAGAACCAAUGAUCUUAACAGGAAAAGAAGGGACGUCCUCAGCUCGGCGGCUCUUGCCAUGUCGACCGCUGAGCUCUACAACAAAUACUCGCCUGCAAACUAUGUGCCGCUUACACAACGGAUUCAGAAAGAGUACGAGAUUUCAAGAUCUAAGUCUAUUUCGAACGAUAUAAUAGGCCGCCCUCCCGCUUCCGAGUUGAGAAUACGAAAGCCUAGGACAGCUACCAUAUCCGAGAAACCGGAAGGCAGAAGAUACAAAGAAACAUCACCCACCCAUCCAACAAUGUACAGCAAGCGAAACUCUAUGACCAACGGCAUAAAAGAUAGCAAUGGAAACGAAGUGCCAUCCGUUUCUGAAAUACGAAAGAGAUUCGACCCAAAAAUGACAGUCACCAAACUACCUGCAAACGAUCCCAAAAAUACCAACAACACGGUCGAGCAAUACCUUAAUAAGCUUAAAGAUUGCGAAAAUGGAACGAGCGGAUAUACAAAAUUCAACUCAAAGGAAGAGCAACCUGUUCCAAUACAUUUGCCAAGCGAAAAGAAUGGCAGGUACGAAUCACCAACAAAACUAUCGGAUAUAACCAUCAGCAAGACUAUGUCUGAACCAGUGUCAUUAGCUAAACCGUCCUUAGACAAAUCCAUUAUAUGUACCUCGCUUACAAAAACCGAUAAGUUGGCCAGUAUCAAGAGUCAACUGGAUCCUAAUAACCCAAUCGGUAAGAUUCUAGAAAGAUCGACUGUUAUACAAACGGAGAAUGGAGACGUAGAAGAUAAGAGAAGUAGCCCUGAAGUUAGGAAUUUGAAGAACGAUAUAGAAAAGCAAGUAAAAACGCCAAAACAUACGUCGAAUUUCGCGUCCUAUAUACAGAUUUCGCAACCGGUGGCUUCAGGGCUUUCCCCGAAAGCAGAUAAAAAGAAGAUUAAGUACAUAGAUACAGAACUGGAAGAAUCGCCAACUGGUUUUGAGAAUAAGACCUUUGAACACGAGAAUUACUUGAAGAAAAGAUCGGAAAAGUUGGAAGAUGGAAUUAACUCUAUGGAAACUAGUACGGAGAGCACGAUCAGUGAGCCAACUGAUUCUAGUUCAGAAACGCCACCCGCCCGAAGGAGGAUCUUGGACAGAGACUAUGAUGAUAUCAAAACGGAGUUGGCUGGGGGUAAAAGUGGACCAAGCGGCCUACGCAGAAGUAGCGAGCCGCAGACAGACCAACAUUCCACAGCUAGUGGUCUCAAUGGUCUCCGCAACAUCGGCAACACCUGUUUCAUGAACAGCGUGUUCCAAUGUCUCUCCAACACUCGCCCACUGCUCGAAUACGUGUCGGAUGACAAGUACACAGCCGACAUUAACACCACGCUCAGCUGUAUGAAGGGGGCGCUGAUAAAGGCGUUCGCGAGCGUUAUCAAAGAGCUGUGGCGCAGUGGUGAACGCGAUACCGUCGUGAACACGACGUCGCUCAAGUCUCAGGUUCAACGUUUCGCGCCUCGGUUCAUGGGAUACAGUCAGCAGGAUGCACAGGAGUUUCUACGCUACCUUCUCGAAGGUCUUCACGAAGACGUGAACCGAGUGACAAUUAAGCCCAAACCGAUUUUAACAGAGAUCGAGGAUAGCCUGAGCGACGCAGCAAAAGCGGCGGAGGCCUGGAACCGCUACCUCCGCAUGGAGGACAGCCGAGUGGGAGACAUCUUCGUGGGACAACUCAAGUCCACGCUGCGGUGCACUCACUGCAAGCACGACAGCGUCACCUUCGACCCCUUCUGGGAUCUGAGUUUGCCAAUUCCGUCGCGCACGGGCAAUCUCAAGUUGCAACAGUGUCUUCAGCACUUCGUUAAAGAGGAAGAGUUGGACGGAGAUGAGAAACCGACGUGCUCGAAGUGCGGAGUGAGACGGAAGUGCCUCAAAUGGUUCACGGUCCAGAAGUUCCCUCAAGUCUUGGUGCUGCAUCUGAAGCGUUUCUCCCCCACCGAGCGGUUCCGGGGCAAGCUCAGCGUGGUGGUCGAGUUCCCUCUGACCGGCCUCGACAUGUCUCCUCUCUCGGCCAACAAGACCAGCUCGGCCGUCUACAACCUCUACGCCGUCAGUAACCAUUCGGGCACCACUUACUCCGGCCACUACACGGCGUACUGCAAGCACCCAUACACCGGGGACUGGCACGAGUACAACGACUCCAGAGUGUCACCGAUAAAGCCCCGCGACGUGGUGUCGUCGGAGGCCUACGUGUUGUUCUACGAGUUGGCCUCCUCCACGUAGCGAACGCCGCCUCCGCCCUAAUGGAGUGCCGCAAGGGCGACGGCGGUCGUCUGCCCUCGAGUCUGCCGUCUGCUGUGAACGAACUAACAUUACGCGUGUACCGCACGCGACCGAGCUUCUGCGAACGGGCGAGUCCCGGUCGUCCUCAGAUUUAGAUCAAUUUCCGCCAAACGAGCCGGCGAUUCCGCGCGCGACGCUCUCGGCGCCGGACGGACGUGGAAUCGUCGGUGUUUUUAGAUACCUAAUAGUCAUCGUGUGACAGUUCUCAUGUACAAAACGGCUGCCUUAUUAAGUAGCGGAUAGAAACCGAUGAACGAAUAGUGAUAGAAGAAGGCCUCGACCGGGAGACGGUUGAGUUUAGACCUCGUUCGCUUUGGAUUCGGUCGAGGUUUGCACGAACGCGUCGCGAAUGCGUUCGUCGGGUGUCGUACACGUUCGUCGUGCUAAUCAUUAACGCGGGGCGUCGCCGACGUUUUGAAGGUACAUCGAAGCGGUGGACGAGUUUGAUUCGUCGGUUCGGUUAAGGGUGCGCACGAAACGCAAAGCAGAGGCUCGUUUAAGGUUGGAUCUCCACCCGACGCGAUGUACCUUUAAAAUGUGUCGAAGCGGCCCGUCCAGUGCUUAUUUAUUAAUUUAGGUUAAAUGUAAAUAUAUCGUUGCGCCGUAUCGUCGUUUUUGAUAGAAUUUUGCAUUUCGUCGUGCAAACUUGUGUCAAAAACGUCGAUUCCAAUAUCCUACUUACAAAUGAACGCUCGUAUAUCAAAUCGUUUAUGAAUUUUUGCUCGUGUAAUGUCAGAGUCGGACGUUAAAUGGACGCGCGUCUAAUUAGAUAAUCCGUCCAAUACAAUAUAAUUAGACACGUAUUGAAAACCAAACGUUCAUAUUCUGACGGGUCUUGUGAUUUAAUCUCAUUUUCAGAAAAUGUCAACUCUUACAAAAACUAGUUAAAUAUUUAUGUCUCUCGGUGUCGUUUAUUAUUUGAACCUCUAAUACGUUUAGUGUUCCUGCAUACGAAGACGUUUAGACGCGCGUUUAUGUUGUAACAAUAUAUAAUACGUGGCCAAGGGUCGAAAGGACACCGUAAAUGUUUUAACGCGAGGAGGAUCUAGAACAAAUUAUUUAUAAAAAAUACUUCACGGUUUCGAUAUUUCGAAGGUUACAAACGUUUCAGACAUACAUCUGGUUUCGGGAUAUAUUUUAGAAAACCUGAGUACAAACGGGACUGUAUUAUAUUAAAGCAUUUAAAUAUUGUAUAUUGUUACAUGCGUAAUUCAAAUCUAAUAAGAGAAAUAAUAUUUUUGAGUGCCGGUAUAGAUUAUAAUGAAGAGAGGAACUUUGAAGAAACGUCAAUGUCGGCCGUCAAAUUUGACACUUGACGCUUGGGUUACGUCAACUUUAGUACCGUUUCUCGAAUCGCAUCACGACAUCAUAGUCGUAGCUGUACACUUUUAUGUUACCUUGACGAUCGGGCGGAAACGGUUUGAGGAGGUUCAAUCUUAAGCCGACCGACCGUCUUCCAUCCGUCGGCCAUCGGAAAUUCAACUCGAACGGAGACGGCCGCGCGUUCGACGGUUCCACGUUUUACUUUCCACGAGUGAAAGUUUUUAUAGUACUAAAAGUUGGGAAAUCAUGAAUUACGUAAGACAUAAUAGCUAUAGGUGAGCUGACGCGGCGUCCGAGGCUCGUGAAGUUGAGACGUCAUCUCCACUCCGGCCGGAAAAGCUUCACGAGCGAUCUGAACGACGGCCGUUAGUUUAAUAUACGUCGGACGGUGCGCCUGCGUGAUUGUUUUUCUGUUUAUUUAUGUUUUGUAAUUCUAUUAAUGUUGAUGGUUUUAAUGAUUUUGGGGACUUCGAUUAGUGUAAGCUAAUGACGGUGCCCGUUUAGGAUUAAUUGUUCGUUGUCUUUGCAAAGUUUAUCAUCUCAGCCUAGCGCGAGUUUUAUUUCCUUACGUCCUAAUCGUCUCGAAUAUGUCUCGAAAUGGCGACGGACUUCUCUUCUUCUCCUUUACGGUUUACUUCUUUUACUUUACGGCGAUCGCCAUUUCGCGAGAAACUGAGAAACGACAUACAUUCACAUUCAAUAUACAUUUUAAGUGGAUGUUGGUUUAAUUUAAACUUUCGAAGGUACGAUAAAACUCACUCUAGGGUCGAAAGUUGGGGUCCCUAAAGUUGCAAAAGAAUCUUAAUUAGCCAAAGAUUGUUACGAAUGCUGUAUUAAUAAUAAUUUAUUGUUCAUUUUUGAAAUCGCUGGGCUCCGGCCCGUUAUUGUAUAAUACGUAACAGAUUAUAUAGAUAUAUAUAAAUGAGUAAAUUAUUU